AUGACCGAGGCAGACAUGGACCACGCCCUGGAACAGCUCUAUGUCGAGAAUCACGACGGUUCAUACGACCUGCUGGUCCCGCACCGCAGCCGCAUCUCCAAGGUCAAUAUCCGGCCCACCAAGCAGGGUACCUUCGAUGCACACUAUCCCGACUUUAGCGUCCAGCCACCCAUCCUCGGCACAAGGGGUAAAAAGGGCUCUUCGGCUGAUGCCAGCUUAAGCAAAGAGGAGCGAGAGAAGCGCAGCGUCGCAGAGGCGAGGGCCGUAAGGGAGGAGGGCGGUGCUGCAGCGGCAAGCGCGAAGAAGGUCGGCGUCAAUCGCGAAUUCUUCCGUCAGUUGAGAGCCAUUUUCCGAAUCCUUAUUCCUCGUUCUUCGUCAAAGGAGGUCAUCAUCUUCUUCAUCCACACCUUUUUCCUCGUGCUGAGGACCUACCUCUCGGUCCUCGUCGCACGACUCGACGGUGCCAUCGUUCGCGAUCUCGUCUCGGCAAACGGAAAGGGCUUCAUGCGUGGCCUUGGUCUCUGGUUCCUCUUGGCUAUUCCCAGCACCUACACCAACUCGAUGAUUCGCUUCCUUCAGUCGAAGCUGGCCAUCGGCUUCCGGACCCGCCUUACGAGAUACGUCCACGACCUAUACCUCUCGUCCAAUGCCAACUUCUACCGCAUCAUCAAUCUCGACGGCCGUCUCGACGGUGCCGAUCAAUUCAUCACCACCGACGUCUCUCGCUUCUGCGAAACGCUGGCGGCGCUGUACUCAAACGUGUCCAAGCCGGCACUGGACAUCUUGAUCUUCAACUAUCAGCUGGGACAGUCGCUGGGAUGGAAGGGCGUCAUGGGCCUGUUCGGAAACUACCUCAUCACCGGCUGGAUCCUCAAGUCAGUGACGCCCGCGUUUGGCAAGCUGAGCGCGAUCGAGGCCAAACUCGAGGGCGACUUCCGCAGCGCACAUGCUCGUGUCAUUACAAACGCAGAGGAGAUUGCCUUUUACAACGGCUCCAAGAUUGAAGAAGGUAUCCUCAACCGCGCCUAUCUUCGCCUUGUCCGGCACGUCAACUCCAUCUACAAGAUUCGCAUCGCAUACAACAUGACAGAGGACUUUGUCCUCAAGUACUGCUGGAGCGCAAGUGGCUACGCCAUCAUUGCUGCACCCAUGCUCUUUGGCAUUCAGACGACCAAGAUCGAGACGGACGCAGCGAAGAAGCCGUCAAAGGACUCUGGCGUAGCAGCAAAGACAGAGAGCUACAUUUCCAACCGUCGCCUGCUCAUGUCCCUCGCUGAUGCCGGAUCUCGGCUGAUGUACUCUUUCAAGGAGCUCAACGAACUGGCCGGCUACACCUCGCGAGUCUAUACCCUCAUUUCGACGCUUCACCUCCUCGACCGGGGCCAGUACCAAGCACUGCCUCGUCCAAAGGAACUACCCGCCAAUGCUCCCUUCUACGACAUGGGCCACAUCCAGGGCAAGGUAACGCUCGAUGACGAGGGUGUCUCCUUUGACAAGGUCCCCAUCGUCGCGCCUGCGCCCGGCAUGGAGCGCGGAGGCGAGGAGCUUGUCCGGGACCUCGAGCUCACGGUCAAGCCGGGUGACCACAUGCUCAUCACUGGACCCAACGGCGUUGGCAAGACGGCCGUCGCCCGCGUUCUCGCUCAGCUCUGGCCCGUGUUCCAGGGCCAACUCUCGAUUCCCGGCAAGACCGACAUCUUCUUUCUGCCUCAACGACCCUAUCUCUCGGCUGGCAGCCUCAGGGACCAGGUUCUCUACCCGACGGCGUACCCAGAGUUUAUCAAGAAUGGUGGCACCGACGAGGAGCUGCUUGCAAUCCUCAGAGAUGUCCAUCUGGCCUAUCUGCCCGACAGAGAAGGCGGCUGGGAGACGCGAAAGGAGUGGAAGGACGUCCUGAGCGGUGGAGAGAAGCAGCGGAUGGGCAUGGCCAGGCUCCUGUACCACAAGCCCCGAUUUGGCAUCCUCGACGAGUGCACCAGCGCCGUGUCUACCGACGUCGAGGGGCUCAUGUACGCCCGGGCCAAGGAGCUCAACAUCACUCUCAUCACCAUCUCGCACCGACCUUCGCUGUUCAAGUAUCACGACGUGCUGCUCAAGCUGACGGGCAACGAGGGCAAGUGGGAAGUGGAGCGAAUUGGAACAGAGGAGGAGAGCAAGAGCUUCAAGGAGGAGAUCAAGGACCUCAAAGCCAAGCUCAAGGACGUGGACGCGUGGAAAAAGAGGGUCGGCGAGAUUGGCCAGGAGCUCAGCCUGAGCUCUGUCGCGGCCUGA